ACGGCUCACUACAAUUUUGCUCUAAGCCGGAGAGAUAAGAGAGCUGUGGCUGCUCUGAAUCUCUGCAAAACUUUCACGUUGCCGAGAGUUUUGCUAAAGUUUUGAACCCAAUUGCCUUUUUUGUGAAAUUCUAAUUCAUUUUUUGGUCAAAUUUGUUUGAGGGCUCUCUGACCGGAAGAACAAGGAGACCCAAUUCACAGAUUUAGAAAAGGAUUUGGCGAUAAAUUAUUUAUCAAUGGCGUGCUAAACUCUGGCUACACUGGCACUGUAUUGCUAGGCCCAAACAAAACACUGUAUCGAUUGUUCAACUUGAUUAGCAAAUACACAGGUAUGGCCGUUCAAUUGACUAUAACUUGCCCUGCUGCCUGGGUCGCUGCCUCUCUAUCCGGUGCAUGCGGAUUCCAGCAGAAGGGCGGGGCUAAUUUAUCUUAUUCCCGUGAUAAAAGGUGCAAUUCAUACAAAUGCUUCUGGACAAGGAAAGCAGCGGCGGUUUUGAGGGAGUGCAAGCUCCAUUACUGCCCUUCAUGGAAGUCAGAGUCACAGAAUUCGGGGGCUUCUUUUGUUCAGGGGCAGCUAAAAGCUUCCACAAAUAACUACAUCAAAAGAGGGGUUUCAAGGGUUUUUACAUCAGAUUCUAGGGUGUCUAUGGUUGGGGUUUGUGGAAUUUCCUCGAUGGGGGGAGCCUCUAUGUUCAAGGUCAACACUUCACCCAUCUUGCCGUUUCUACAGGGCAUGAAGUGGCUUCCCUGCAGCGAAUAUUUUCAGGGUUCUGUGAGAAAACGGAAUACUGCAAGGAAUAGCCUCAGUAACGAGGAUCAUGGGGGAGGGGAUGUAGAAACCAAACCUCUGCUGGAAAAUGAAGCACCCAAGCUUUCAAAAGGCGCAAAGAAAAGUAGUGAGAAAAUCAGGUGGCUGCCUGAUUGGGUACAGUUCAGCGCUGACGAUGCCAAGACUGUUAUAGCAGCGGUUGUUAUUUCGGUGAUUUUCAGGUCGUUUAUAGCAGAGCCCAGAUUCAUUCCUUCCUUGUCUAUGUAUCCCACCUUCGAUGUCGGAGACCGGAUUGUUGCAGAAAAGCUCUCUUAUUAUUUUAGAAAGCCAGAGGUGGCUGAUAUAGUGAUCUUCAAGGCUCCCCCAGCUUUGCAGGAGAAAGGAUACACUUCCGGUGAUGUUUUUAUUAAAAGAAUUGUAGCAAAAUCGGGAGAUAUUGUUGAAGUUCGCAAUGGCAAGCUAGUGGUCAAUGGUGCUGUCCAAAAUGAAGAUUUUAUCCUUGAGCCACCUGCAUACGAGAUGCGUCCGGUGAUUGUCCCUGAAGGCUAUGUUUUUGUAAUGGGUGACAACCGCAACAACAGCUACGACUCUCAUGUUUGGGGGCCGCUUCCUGUGAAGAAUAUCCUGGGAAGAUCUGUACUCCGCUACUGGCCUCCAACUAGAAUUGGAAGCACUGUUUAUGAAACUGGGACAACUGCAUUGCCAGAUGAGAGGGUAGCAAUGACAAUUGCUCUAUCAGAUGGCAGAGUAGCAGUUAAUUCUGCGAAAUAAUUUUUUUAUAGAUUGAUUUUACUUGAAGUCUUUCUGAAUCAUAUUUAACUGGGAAAAAGAAUCAGUGGAUGGUGUUGGACUUUAAAGUUUUGAUGAAACAAAAAAUUGCAUGGUCUUCAUGGUGCUGUUCAAUAGCGACAUUACUGUAUGUGGCUGACUUCACUUGAUGUGAAGGUAUUUAGUUUAUCCAUUCCAGAUGGAUUCACGGUAUAUGGUGGAUGGCAAGUCAGAUUAUUUUGUUAAGGAAUCACCCUGAAAUACCCCUCUACGAAUAUGAAUAUUUGGAAGUAAAUCUUUACAUGUGCUGUCACUUGCCAAAUUUUGAAUUUUGUAAACCUCAUGUUGCUGAACUUGAGGUUACCACAAAUUUUUGUGGCUGCUGUUUGGCGAAAACACGUCAAAGCAGAUUCAAACAAAUUUGAUGGUGAUUGAUGCUGAAGAAGAUGCUUUUUAUUGGUUUAACUGAUUGUUUUACUUAUUUCAGGUGAAACAUGAUAUUUCUGUGGCAUGGUUAUCCAGAAUUCUUUCACCAAAACUGUUGUAGAUCACAUAGAUUGCAUUCCGGUAUUGGAUUUGAGCAACAUAUUUUUCUUAUUUGGACCAAGUUCAGGGGGAACUACUUUUCUGCUUCAAUGAUUAGAUGCAGAGCUUUACUUGUAUGUGGCUUUUUCUUGCCAUUCAAAUUAAGCAAUUGCAUUUGAACACUCCAAGAGUAUACCUAUUGGACGAGAAUAUUGAAAAAAAAUUGAACUAUUAUUUACCAAACAUGCAAAUAUGGUGAAACUAUAUUUUUUUUUUGA